UAGCAGAGUCCAGCACCAGCAUGCUCCGUGCAUGUCGGGUUUCUUUGACUCGUUCGAGCACUACUUCGUCCAGAAGAUUGGCGAGAGGGUUGAGAGCUCGUUCGCCCACCGAUUUAUGGAGUUGCAGAUGCAAGUGGACUCCAAGACGAGCGACGGAAAAUUUGUCGACCUGGCAACGGCGACAGAGCAUCUGACUGCCGGCGUCCUCAGACUGGCGGAGGUGACAGGAGUUAUCCCACCACCGCAGGCAGCGAGAGGAGGACGGGAUAGAGAGGUAGUCAGCUCUUGCUAGGGAGCAACGUGAUGCCAUUCGAUGCUCCUAGUAUGGCUCUUUAAUGGGAUUGAAAUUGCUUGGUGAUGACCUGUUUGAUGAGUGCAUGGACGACAAGUAUAUUUUUCUCUAUCUUUACAGGAGUGUCCCGAUCGUGCUGCCUGCGACUUUUUCUCUGACAAUUUUGACGGAACGACUCCGUCGUGGCGUGAGAGUAGCCGCAUGUUGGCUGUGCGCAUUGAAAAAGUCUGGCGAGCACGCUCGGCCGGCAAGUGCCGCUCGAUCCUCGACCUUGUGGCUAGAAAGGCAGAUAUGGGCCUUCUAAAACUUCUGCAGCAGUCCGUUCAAGAUCUCGAACUCCAGCUGUGCCAAAUUUUCACAGGAAAGAAUCAAUUUGCUCCCGCGAUAUUGGGACUGGGAGGAGGACACCAUCAACAAGCCUCAAUGGCUUAUCCUGCAGGUGGGACCAUGCGGACGACUCGAGGGGUUCUGCCAUGGCCAGGUGAGAGCUGCAGUCGGUAUUGUGGAAUGCAACAGCAUUCGCAAUAUCGAAGAGCGCAACAGCACGCGGACGACGAUCCUCUUCUCACCAAAAACAAGGCUGCGCUAUGCGAUGCCCCGCCAAACAGUUCGCAAAACCACAGCACUUAUCAGGGUCGGCCGCAAGGCAACGCCGAUCAUAGCGACGGUCC